AUGGGGUUCAAAAUCACCACCCAAAAACGUCCCAUACUAAAAGCCGAUCCGAUCGAAGACAUGACCCAAAGGCUAGGCAUUGCGCCGCCGGAGAUGAUCUUUGGAGAUAACUAUGUUACGAUAGAGCAAGAGAAUGGGGACUGGGGAAUAACAUUCAACGCAUUCGACGCUCUAGAUCGUGUAGACAAAACGGGUGCGUCGAUGCUGAAGGUUGCAUAUUCGAACGAGUGGCAGAGAAGCAGGGAGAAAACGCAUGAGGGCAUCAAGGAAGUUGUCAAACCUUUCGACUGGUCUUAUAGCACGGAUUAUCUGGGUACUAUUCACCCUCGAAGCCUACCAUUUGAAGCAACCGAGAAACAGAUUCCCGUCGAGUUACUUAAACGUCCCGACCCUAUUUUGUUCUUUGACGAAGUCAUAUUAUACGAAGACGAACUCGCUGAUAAUGGUAUCACGACGCUGUCGUGCAAGAUUCGUGUGAUGCCCAAGCGACUGCUACUGUUGUCGAGGCUCUUUAUGAGGCUUGACAAUGUCCUGGCGCAUGCCAUCUACAAAUCGUCGAGUUCAUCCAAAGCCCUCAGCCAUCAUGUCACCUCUUCGGAUAACGAUCGGAAAUCUCUCUCCUCGCGUCGCGCAGGUCAACCCUUCCAGCCAAUGACACUGUCACGCCCCGGCUUCGUUCUGCACAGGGACUCCUCACGACUAGCACAAGCUGUUAUGCCGCGUCAGGGUACAGCCGCAGAGACGUAUGUGGCUUAUGGAAUGACACAGAAGAUAUUUGAGGCCUGUUCUGUGCAGGCAGAUUACAGUAUCCCUCAGGUAUCACAAAGGGGGGCUCAAGUACCCAAGACUGCAGCUGGUGAAGAUCUCGGCGUUGGGGUAGGGUGGUGGUACGAAGAUUUGGGCCUCCUUCCAACGUUUUCGACCUGGUCACAAGUCACCUUUCUCCACAUGUACCUCCUGACAGUCCGGUUGCGAGCUUUGCCAUCCCACGAGAGUUUCCAGACAUAUUCGAGGCACUUGAUUGAUCACUUUUCUCACAAUGCUGAACACAGAAUGGAUGUUCUUCAUGGCUUGACCAGUCGUGCCAUUCGAAAUAAGUUUCUGAAAGAUCUGUUCAUCCAGUGGCGGGGUGUCCUAGCGGCCUAUGACGAGGGUCUCGUGAAAGGAGAUGCUGUCCUAGGGGCGGCAGUUUGGAGAAACCUUUGGAAAGCAAGCUACACAGAAGCUGAUGGAAAUGAGUUGGACUGGGCGAAGGUUGCUUGUGUUGUCUCCUAUAUGCGACGAGUAACAUCGGAGCUUUCGCAGGUGACCGAAGCCGACUUGAUCUUCCAGUUGAAUCGCCCGAGUAAAGAGAAGCCCGCCAUAUUUGGCAAAUCUGCCUCUGACCGAUCUAUGGUGGAUGCGAAGCGAUAG